AACGUGUCUCCUGAUGACUAUAUUUUUUAAUGGUUGAAUAUUCAUUAGUUAAUAAGACGAUAUUGAAAUAUUUUUAUGAUAAACGUUUCGCAAAAGAAUAUUUUUUAAUUUCCAAAUAAAAUUUACUGAACGAGAAUAGAUUCAUGAGCGACGAUUGGAAAAUUUACUUUAAUUUAAAAAAAAAAAAAAAAAUGAAAAUAAAUUAUUAAAAAAAUUAAAUGCAUAGACAGUCAUAAUUCAGCAAAAGCUCUCAUUUAAACAUUGUUGGACAUAUGUAAGCAUCAAUAACGCCACUCAAUCCGCCAGACUUUCUAUAGAAAUAUCUCUCUCUCUCUCUCUUCUUUGUUGGGUUCUGUCUUUUCCUAACCUCUAUUAGGUCGAAUCGCACGUAAACAAAGCGUGGUGAAGAUUUUUCACAAUAAAAAAUGCCAUUAGCUACAAACUAUUUGUAUCCAACUCCUGCUGAGGAGAAAAAGAAGCACAAAUUGAAACGUUUGAUUCCAAAGCCAAAUAGCUAUUUUAUGGACAUCAAGUGUCCAGGUUGCUAUAAAAUUACAACAAUCUUCUCCCACGUCCAAACACGUGUUGAAUGUGAGGGAUGUCGCAUUGUCUUGUGUCGACCUACUGGAGGAAAAACAAGACUCACUGAAGGCUGUUCUUUCAGAAGAAAACCCUGAUUAUGUACAUAACCAAAAAGAAAUAUGUUUUUUCAAACAAAAUAUAUAAUUAAAUAACACAAAAAAAGUUCA